AUGGCCUCAAAACACCAAAGAGAUGUGAAUUGGAAACCACAAGAAGUUGUGCAAAGGUUUUUGGAAAAUGAUCUGGGCAGGAGCGGAGCUGGGGUACGAUCACCGCAAGUUAUUGCUUCUUGGUUCAAGAUCAUCAACCACCAAUAUUCUCUAUGGAAGACACGUUUGACAAAGGCCAAUGCAAGGCAUGUGAGUGGCUCCAAUCUUGAAGAUAUGGAUAUGCGAGCAUCCAAUCUACAGUACUCAUCGAUGGAGUUUGCCGAGCAUCCAUAUGCGAUCAUUCGAAACACGGCCGUUAGCUUUUGCUCCGGGGAUAGACUUUGUCGUACACAAGCAUCUAUCUUCUAG